AUGUAUGUUAAAGCUUCCAUAACGUUAAAUCUCAAUUUAACUCAAGAUAAAGUCGAAGUAGCGGCCCAAAGUGUUUUAAUUCCAGUUUUUACUAUGGGAGGUUUUUAUGCCAGCAACACAAUGAAAACGAUAAUCUUGUUAUUAGUUUUUUUUUGGUAUUCUUGUUCUUCUGGACCUCUACACCUCUUAUCACUAUGUCGUUUCGUGACGAAGCGACUUGAUUAUGGAUUUCAUUCCGACAUGACGCAUAGAACAUUAAAGCUUCUUAUGAAGGCGGUGAUGUUUGCAUUGAUUCAUCUUAUUAUGAAUUUUCAAGACAAAUGUCGUACACGAAAAAAUAUGUUGCGUCACAAUCCACACAGCAGCAGCACUCAAACAAACACUCAACAACGAAGCUUUGACAGAUUGUUUCAUGGUGUUUUCCUUCACAUGAUUUCUAAUUCACACAACAACGUUGUGUUUAGCAAUGCUACACCGCUCAAAGGUGUAGAUCACCUUAAAAGCUCCAUGACAACAACAAAAAAACAAAAACUUUCGAGACGAAAGUGCAUGAUGAAAGUUACAACAAGAAAUUGGAAUGAAUUUAGUUUAGCAUCAAAUCAAAUAUUGACUUCCUUGAUAAACAUUCACGGCGUUGGAGACGCUUGCUUUACUUUAAGACCCCGGGAUGGUUUGAAUGCAAGUGUAGUGGGAUGUCGAAAACAGAAUAAAAGGAAAUAA